GGGCGCUCGGCCGCGCGUCCCCGGCUGCCGGCGGCCGAUGCGCGUCCUUCGCUGAGCGCGCCGCGGGCCGAGCCGGCAGGAUGACGGUGGAGUUCGAGGAGUGCAUUAAGGACUCGCCCCGGUUCCGGGCAACCAUCGAUGAAGUGGAAACAGAUGUGGUGGAGAUAGAGGCAAAGCUUGACAAGCUGGUGAAGCUCUGCAGUGGGAUGAUUGAAGCAGGCAAAGCCUACAUCACCACCAACAAGCACUUUGUCAGUGGGGUCCGGGACCUGUCGCAGCAGUGCAAGAAGGAUGAGAUGAUUUCAGAGUGCCUCGACAAAUUUGGAGACAGCCUGCAGGAAAUGAUCAACUAUCACAUGAUCCUGUUUGACCAGGCUCAGAGGUCAGUCCGCCAGCAGCUGCACAAUUUUGUCAAAGAUGACGUGAGGAAGUUCAAGGAGACCAAGAAGCAGUUUGACAAGGUGCGGGAGGACAUGGAGAUCUCGCUGGUGAAGAACGCCCAGGCCCCUCGCCACAAACCCCACGAGGUGGAGGAGGCAACAGGCACCUUGACCAUCACCAGGAAGUGUUUCAGGCACCUGGCCCUGGAUUAUGUGCUGCAGAUCAACGUCCUGCAGGCCAAGAAGAAGUUUGAGAUCCUGGAUGCGAUGCUGUCCUUCAUGCAUGCCCAGUACACCUUUUUCCAGCAGGGCUACAGUCUUCUCCAUGAACUGGAUCCCUACAUGAAGAAACUAGCCACAGAGCUGGACCAGCUGGUGAUCGAUUCUGCAGUGGAGAAGAGGGAGAUGGAGCACAAGCACGCCCUGAUACAGCAGAGGGACUUCUCCUAUGAUGACUCAAAGGUGGAGUUCAAUGUUGAUGCUCCUAAUGGGGUGGUGAUGGAAGGUUACCUCUUCAAGAGAGCAAGCAAUGCUUUCAAAACAUGGAACAGGAGGUGGUUCUCUAUACAGAACAGUCAGCUGGUGUACCAGAAGAAGCUAAAGGACGUGCUCACCGUGGUGGUGGAAGACCUGAGGCUCUGCACUGUCAAGCCAUGUGAAGACAUUGAGAGGAGGUUUUGCUUUGAGGUCGUCUCACCUACCAAGAGCUGCAUGCUGCAGGCUGACUCGGAGAAGCUGCGGCAGGCGUGGAUCCAGGCAGUCCAAGCCAGCAUCGCCUCUGCGUACCGGGAGAGCCCCGACAGCUACUACAUUGAAAGGCUGGACAGGACUGCUUCCCCCUCAACCAGCAGCAUCGACUCUGCGACCGACUCCCGGGAGCGCAGUGUGAAGGGAGAGAGCAUCCUGCAGAGGGUGCAGAGCAUCCCUGGCAAUGACCAGUGCUGUGACUGUGGCCAGCCAGAUCCUCGCUGGGCCAGUAUCAACCUGGGCAUCCUGCUGUGCAUCGAGUGCUCUGGCAUCCACAGGAGUCUGGGUGUUCACUGCUCCAAGGUUCGGUCUCUCACACUGGAUUCCUGGGAGCCUGAGUUACUGAAACUGAUGUGUGAGCUGGGGAAUAGUGCUAUGAACCAGAUCUACGAGGCACAGUGCGAAGAGCUGGGGCUUAAGAAACCAACAGCAGGGAGCUCCAGGCAGGACAAGGAAGCCUGGAUCAAGGUGAAGUAUGUGGAGAAGAAGUUCCUGAAGAAGCUGCCCAACGGGGAGGCUCUGCCUGAGAGCGAGAGGAAGCCUCGGCGCUGGUGUGUGAAGAAGUGCCAGAGGCACAGCAGCAGCACGAGAGCGGCCUCAGCACGGAGGAGGCACCGGCCCGAGGCUGGCAGCGCCUGCCCAGCCAUGCUGUCCUCAGCUGCCACACUGGAGAGAAAGUUCCGUCGAGACUCCCUCUUCUGCCCCGAUGAGCUGGACUCUCUCUUCUCCUACUUUGACACUGGUGCUGGCUCUGGCCCACGCAGUGCCAGCCACAUGUCCACGCAGCAUCCCCUGGCAGGUGGCCCCUGGAGUGGCAGUGGCCUUGGUCCCGGUGGGAGCGGUUCGCCGUUCCUCCUGGACGGAGGUCUGAGCAGUGACAGUGGGCUGGGAGGAAGCACAGAUGGCAGCACUGACAUCCUGGUGUUUGGCUCUGUGGUGGACAGCGUGACCGAGGAAGAGGUGUCAGAGGAGUCGAGUGGCGAGGCAGAGAUCGAGCAAGAAGCCUCAGAUCUGGAGGACCUGAGGGAGCUGCACCCUGGGCUGUUGAUCUACAAAGCAGCACAAGCCCGAAACCUGCCUCUCAUGGCAGAAGCACUGGCACACGGUGCUGAGAUCAACUGGGUGAAUGAUGAGGAUGAAAACAAAACCCCUCUGAUCCAAGCUGUGGUGGGGGGCUCCUUGAUAGCUUGUGAGUUCCUGCUGCAGAAUGGGGCAGAUGUGAACCAAAGAGAUACCCGAGGCCGAGCUCCUUUGCAUCACGCCACGUCCCUGGGGCACACCGGCCAGGUCUGCCUGUUCCUCAAGCGAGGGGCGAAUCAGCACGCGGUGGACGCUGAUGGGCAGGAUCCCCUCAGCAUUGCUGUCCAGGCAGCCAACGCAGACAUAGUGACCUUGCUGCGUCUGGCUCGGAUGAACGAGGAGAUGAGAGAAGCAGAGGGUCCCUUUGGCCAACCAGGUCAAUAUCCCAGCAACAGCCCUACUGAGCUGCAGUAUAGGAAGUGUAUACAGGAGUUCAUCAGCCUUACUAUAGAUGAGUGUUAGUGACAACUUCCCCCACCUCCCCUGUUGCUGUCUGGAAGCUGGGCUGGAUUUCUAGAAGCCCUGAGAGCCCCAUCCUUGGUAUAUUGGUGUUUCUUGCAGCCUGGUCUGUUUGUGAUGCCUGCACAGAGAGGUUGAGAUGCAUAAAGGAAGGGGAAGGAGUCUUUCCUGUUGCCAUUGAGGCCCCACUGGACUGCCAGACUGUUGGGUGUUGUGUGGGACACUGAUGGCAUAACCACAGACCACGAGCUGAGUGUGUGAACAGUGUGAGAGACCAGUUUAGCAUUAAGGACAGAACAAAAAAGGAGGAAAAACCAAAAGAGAAGCAAAGGAAACCCUCUGUCACCAGGAGAAAGCCACCACCAGUACAGCCCAUGGAGUGCCAAGGCCAUGCACUGGGCUCUCAUCUGAACUGGUUGCUGGGAGGGGAUGCUGGCGUGGAGCCCUCUGUCCUGGCAGCAUGGCCAGCAGCCUCCUCUCUCCUGGGACUGCUGGAGCAUCUGGGAGCUGCUGGGCCAGCUUAGAAAACAAAGCAAAAGAUGACCUGUGAGUCAGGGACAGGCUGUUGUGUGGGGCAGAGACCUUUUGCUCCAGAAGGCACAAGAGAAGGGGGAGGAUUGAGAGCGACGGCCACUCACCUCACCUGCUCUCAGGACGACACCAGCCACACUCCCCUUUCUGUACCCUUGGUGGUUAGCUGGUCAAAGCCAUAGCUCACCUGCCUCCUGAUGCAACCUGCAUCCUGAGAGGGAAGCAGCAGUGCUGAUGUUUGGAGGCUGGGAGAAGCCUGUUGCUGGCGAUGGGCUUUGUGUCAGGGAAGAAAAGCCACGUGCAGCCUCCCCCUCCCUGCCUGAGGGGCUGCAGCAUGCCACCUGCCUGGGGCUCAGCUGCUUUCCUGCUCACUGCACAUUUCUCACUGAGGAUCUCAGUGGAGGACACUCCAACUUGCAUGUGUAUCCUUCUGUGCUCUCCCCCAGCAUGCUGAAGCAGCUGAGCAGGGCACCUGAGCAGCUGGCCCUGGGGCUUUUGACUUCCCCAGUUCCAGCUGGGCAGCAUCUUCCCCUUUUGUUGUGUGUGUUUUUCCCUUGUUUCUUGGCUCUUUUUUUCUUUGCUGGACUGGGGAGAUGUGUUUCCACUGAGAGCACUUUGUUGCUGUGGCUGUGCUGUGCUGCAGUAGCUCUGCAGAGGUGCUGCAGCCAUCUGAGCCUGUCUCAGGAGGGCUCCCACAGCACUUGUCCCCCUGGCAGGUCAGCCUCUGGGCUGGGACUCUGGGUGCCAGGCUGAGCUGUGCUCCUGGCAGAGCCUCUGCACAACACCCUCAGCUACAGCCCACCUUGGAGGCUUUCAGGGGUGGCAAUCCCCAGCUGGUCCUGCCUGGCACCCAGCCUGCUGCCUCUGGGCUUGGGCCCUCGUGCCUUACAGAUAGUGCUGGGAUCUUGAGGGGAUGAGGAUCUCCCAAGGACUGCAAGAGUAAAGCCAGGCAGAGCUCCCCAUCCUGCAUUACAGCAGCAGUGAUACACAAUCAGAGUGCUUUCCAUCCAGUGCACACUUGACUCCUUCCCUUCAGCUACUGGCUGCAUUUACUGUCCAGCUGCAGCCUUGAGCAGGUUCAACCUUUGCAGCUUCGUUUCUGUCAACAGUAGUGUGUCCUCAGCUACCAAACCAACAGGGAUUCAGCACCCAGGAUCCUGCAGCCCACAUCUCAAAGUGGAACAGCAAGGAGACUCCACUUAGUCCCUAACAGGGUGUCCUCUCAGUUUGAGGGAGAGUCCCUGCUGCAGCCAGGCCACAGUUUUCUCUCUGUGCCCUCUGGCUCUUGAAGUCCAGCUUUGUCUUGUUGCUUUCUCAUUCCCUUUGGAGCUCUGGGAUACACAGCACCAGGUGCUGAGUUCUCACCCCAGUCCCUUGUUGGUCUCAGUGCUGAAGCUGCUGCAGCUCAAUGGCAGGGAGAAGAAUCUGGCCCCAGGGCCCUUUGUGCUUCCCUAAUUAAUGACCAGUCUCCUUCCACCACUCUGGGGAAAGGAGGAUGGAUGAGCCUGGCCCCAUCAGCCACUGGCAAUGCCUUUCAUGGCGUUUUCCACACUCUUUCUGGCCUGGGAGGUCAGUGCUUGCAGACUUUCUGCUUGCUUAGCUCUUCAGUGCCUGCUCUGAAGCACCCUGGAGCCUCUGCCCAGGGAAUACCCCCUGGGGCUGCUGCCAGGGAGCACAUCACCUGCUCUGGAUUCAUCUCCUGCUCAGCUGGGGCAGCCUGAGGGUCAGCUCAGGAUGAAGCAGUGCAGCACAGAAUGGCAGCAGUGCUACAGUUCAGUGCCAGGGGCAAGGCUGGGAUGCAGGAAUCCCCACUUCAAGGGCAUCGUGUCUCUGGGAGCUGGGACUGACUGUAGCUCCCACUCAUGCAGCUGGGGGAUGAAGAGGAUUGACUCCAGGCACACCUCUUGUGAGGCCAGGGGCAGGAAGGUGUGUGCUGCACAUCCCUGUUGCUGCAGGGCUGCUGCAGCUGCUGUCUGAACGUGCCCUGAGUUCAGUGGCUGUGUCCCUGCUGCCUGGGUGAGGGCACAGCUGAGCUCACUGCCUGCUCAGCUUCCCUUGGGCUGUUACAGGAGGGCACCACAUUCUCAUGGAGCUUCAUCUUUCAGCCUGUUGCAGUGGCUUCUGCCUUUCUCUCUGGUCCAAGUCACCUGCAAUUGGAAUGGGCUUCUGAGCAGGGUUCUGCCUCCACUUGUGUGUCACUGUGACACCCCUUGGUCAGCUCACUGCAGCUGGGGCUGCUCCUGCCACCCUGAAGGAGGGUCAGGAGCCAGUGUGUGGUCCCACAGAGCUCAGAUGGUGUUGGGUGCUGAUGUCCAGUGAAAGGGGUGGUGGUGCUGAGCCUGCCAGUGAUGCCACAGAGCCCUUCAGCAGCACUGUGCCCAUGCUCAGAUCACACAGCUCCCCCUGCAGCACCCAGAGCAGCACUUGGUGCUCAGCACAGGAUCCAGCCAAGGACUCCCUCUGCUUCCUAGCUUAGGAUCUGAGCCAUCCUGUGUGCCCAGUUCUCUUUGACAGCCCUACCCCACUGUACACCCAUCUCUCUCUAUCCAUUUGGACAUUGGUUGGUGCUGAUGUCCCCCCACCUUGGGCCCUUUGAAUCCAAGCUGCCAUCCUCCAGGGUACUUCAGAGACCUUGGAAGUGAGAUGGAUGCUUCACCACUGCCAUGGCCCUGCUCUGUUGAUGAUUCUCAGCAUGGUCAUUACCUACCACUGUUGUUUUUGUGACAUGCACAGCAACUUCAACCACCCCAACGAGUUUCCCAGCCUCGUUUAUGGAGUGAGAACUCUGCCCAGUCCUUCCUGGAAGCCACUGAGGGCUGGGGCUGUGGCUUCCACUUUGGGUCAUUGUAUUUCACAAUCAGCAACUGAGAACAACACAACCAACCACCUGCAGUUGGUCCACUGCAAGCUCAGCCUCAGUGCUGAAGCCCAUGAAGUUUCAGGCACCUGUACAUACUGAUGCAGAGCAAUGUCUUGCAAGACAAUUGAUCUAUUUAACAUGUAUUGGUACUUUAUUUAGAGUCAAUGGAUAAAGCAACUUUGUGCACUUUUCCUACAACAGUAUUGGGGGGGGUUUGAUGUUCUUUUGUCAUGGGUUUUGUGCUGUCUUUUUUAAUCAGUGACAUUGUUAAGUAUUUAAUUUAUUAUUGAUGUGCCCAGAGGACUAGUGCAAUUUUUCUUCAAUACAGUUUGUCUGUAUUUAAUGUCAGGAUGGUUUCAUUUUGUAGCAUCUUUAGGGAAUACUUUUCAAAACCUGCUUUUUUUCCCCCCCCCUCCCUCCUCCACACACACACAGAGUUUUCCUUUCUUCCUCCCUCCCUCUUUCCAUUCUACAGAUCAGGAGGCAUUAAAUGCCUCCAGUUUGGAACAUAAAUCAGCCACUUGAGUAGAACAAAAAGGUUCUCCAGGAGGAAAAAAGAAAGCUAAGGAGGCACUUCUCAAUGUUCUCUGUGUUUGUUUCAUCAUUGGGCUUUGAUUUAGGGGGGGUGUGUGUGUGCUGUGGGGUUUGGUGGGUACAGAGACCUUGUUUUCAGCCAAGCAAAUGGCCAACCAGGCUGCAGUGGAGACACCUUCCUUAUGCCACCUUCACAUCCAGCUGGAUUGGUGGUGCACAAUCUUCACCUGAUGCCAAAAGCCACUCUCUCCAUCCUGCCUUUCUUUGCAGAGAGUGUGGGUGUUGUCUCCAUCCCAGUAACCUGGCUGCAGCCACAGGUAAUGUGCCAGGCAUUGCCAAACCACCAGCCAGCCCCAGCUCCUCACCCCAGCCACAUGCUGACACCUUGACAUCUGGAUGGGUGUUUCUGUGCCUGUCUGAGCUUACCCCAAACCCUGGAGCCAAGUGCCUGGGCAGCUAGAGUCUGGGUUUGAAUUCCUGGGGUCUGCCACAUGCCUCUGGUUGCAGAUGGGGUUAGUGGGGGUUGUACCCUGGGUGUUGCCUCUCCCCAUGUCAGCCAGGGAAGCCUCAGCUUGUUCAGUGUUGUCUCUGCAAAGGGGGAAUUGCUUUGAGCAGUGCAGAGGGAAAAAACAAACCCCCCAUGGAAUUGGAAGAAUUUCUGUGUCUAAAGGAAGAGAUGUGCCAAGCUGAGCCUGUCAGCAGCACAGGACAGGUAACAGCUCAGAGCAGCACUCCUGGCCAGUGCUUAUGCAAGAGAAACCCAGGACCUCCUCAAGAAAUGCACUGAUGAACUCUCUGUCCAGCACCCCUGACACAGUGGCUGCCUGUGUCAGUCCUGUGCUGCUUCACUGCCCCUCCUUGUCCCCUCUCAGCCCCUCCUUGUCCCCUCUCCCUGCCCCUCAGCCCCCUUCUCCCUCCUAAUUGCACCUCAGCCCUUUUCCUUCUCCCUCCUAAUUGCACCUCAGCCCCUCCUUGUCCUCCCUCAGCCCCCUCCUCCCUCCUCCCUGCCCUUCAGCCCCCUUUCUUCUCCCUCCUAAUUGCACCUCAGCCCCCUUUCUUCUCCCUACUCCUUGCACCUCAGCCCCCUUCUCCCUCCUAAUUGCACCUCAGCCCCUCCUUGUCCUCCCUCAGCCUCCUUCUCCCUCCUCCCUGCCCUUCAGCCCUUUUCCUUCUCCCUCCUAAUUGCACCUCAGCCCCCUUUCUUCUCCCUCCUCCCUGCCCCUCAGCCCCUCCUUGUCCCCCUCAGCCCCCCUUUGUCCCCCCUCCCUGCCCAAGCAUUAUUGCUUUCAACCAAAGACAAAGCAGGGGGAAGGGAUUCCAUGGGACAUGAGCCCUUGGCUUGGCUGGUGGCAACUGUCUGUGAGUGUUCCAUGGAGAAGGGGUGUGAGGGAGAAGUGUCUGAGCAGGAUGGGAGCUGGGAAGAAAGGAGGUUUCUUUAAAACAUGCUUUGUUGCUGAGCUCCCAGCUGCUUCCAUGGGGGGGAUUCAUCUCAGGCUGCCUGCUGGGUCCUCAGCCCCCCAGGGCAUUGGGGCUGGGGUGAUGAUGGGGAGGGAAUGAGGGACAGAGGUGGAGGAGGGAGCCAGGAGAGGUCUGUGUGUGUUUCUGCUGCAGCAGCUGGGAUGCUGAAGAGGCCAGUUGGUGGCAGAGCAUCUCCUCCACAGGCAGCUCUCAGCAGCAGGGGCUGGGGCUGGCUGACAUGCUGGGGGCUGCCAGGAGGUUGCCAGUGGAGCUCAGCUGAGUGGAAUCCAUCAGCACACAAAGGUCAGUGUGUGGAUCCCCCCUCAACCCCAACCUGUGGCUGCUGAUCACCCAGGGUGAGCUGCUCUUUGCAAGCCUCCAGCCACCCUCUCACCAAGGCUCCCUGGCCAAGGCUCCCACACCCUCCUAUGGAAACAGCACAGAGGGAAAGCAGCUCUUUGGCCAAGGCAGAGCUGCUGAGUGUGGCUGGUGCCCAGGCUGGCAGCCAGGGCAUUGCCCUCUGCUGUAAAUACGCUGUGCCCCAUUCACCUCCCUCCCCCUCCUGCUUUGGCACCACUUGGUACCAGGUUUUCUAACCCCCCUUUCCCUCCACAGCCUGUGCUGACUGCAGCUAUGGAACCAGAUAUUCUGUAUGUUAUUCCCUUUGUACAGUUGCUGUGGUGUCUGCCUUCCCCUCUCCUUCUCUUCUCUUGGCUCCUGAAACACUGUUAAUAAAAAAGCCUAGAUGAACUCCUUUCCUCCUCCUCCUUGGGCUUGGUUUGUUUCUGUGGGGUUUCUUGUUGCCUGUGUUAACUGCAUUAGGAAACCAUCUCCUUUUAACCUGUUCUCCUCCUCCUGUGCAACCCACAGCUCGAGUUCUCUGGCAGGGAAUAGACUGGGAUGGCACCUGAAGGCAUCCUUGUUUGGGUCUCUGUGACACUGGCUUGUGAUGAUGUGACUUCAGGGUGCUUUUUGGGAGAAGGAUGGGGUGGAGGGGACAGGCUCAGGUCACCCCCAGCCCCCAGAGUACCUGAACUGGUUAAUGCUUGGUCUGUUGUGAGCUCUGCUGAUGGCUUGUCCUGUCAAAGGAGACCUUGCACUAGGUGGGAUCAACCUCCAGCACAUGGAGCAGCCUUUCCCACACCUCCCAGUGCAAUCCUUCCCCCACUCCCUUUGGUUUCUCUCCAACUGUGUGUCUGUGGCAGAAAAAUAAAGGAAG